AUUACACUUUGAUGCCUUUUAUAGACAUUAGAAAAUAAAUGCCUUCUUUGGACUCACAAGAAAUCUAUGAACAAUACCUAUUCCCAAGACCUUCCUCGUAAUACAAAAUCAUCUCAAACACCGUGGCUAUUGCCUUUUGUGGAUUUUUUUAUGGGAUUGGCAAAGCUUUAUAAAAACAUUAAUCGAAAUUCAUUUAAUCCAACAAGUAUUGUUUUUAUGGAUUAUUGACUGGAUACACUCAUCAGUAAUUGAACGAAAUAGGCACUGGCAUACUAAUAAGAAACUUUGGAUUUGAUUAAUAUUGGCUAUCUAAUACAGCAGCAGGACUAAUUAACUGUGGAAUUAUUUACAGCGCUAUGCAAUUGAAAAACAGUGAGAAUGGACAAUUGAUUAAAGCCCAAAAGUUCGCAGGAGCAAUUUGUUUGAUAUCUAUGUUCUUGGAUCUGCUCAGUCAAGUGCAGAGGAAACUGAUUUUGGAAUAUUUUCAAAAUGGAAAGGAAGGAAAGAAAUACUGA